CGGAGGUGGCAGGGGAGGCGGAGGCGGCAGCGCACCUCGGGGGCAUCAGCAGCCGCACCAGCCUGGCCGUGGAGUGUAUGUGCACGCUGCUCUCCGAGGACCCCGCACCGCCCCACACCCUGCCCCUCCCGCAGCUGCUGCAGCCCGCGGUGGCCGCCGCAGUGGCGGUGCUGCGAGCCGUAAACCUGUCGCCGGCGUACGGCAACAGCAGUAGCAGCAGCACCAGCGAUAGUAGCAGCAGCAGCACAAGUAGCAGUAGCCGGCAAGCCAGCCGCGGCGCCCUCUUCCCUGCGUCCUCCCCAUCCUCCCCACCGCCUCCACCUCCUGACGCCACCCCCGAGGGCGCCGGCUGGGGCGCCGCCGUCAGCUCCGCCUUCUUUUCUGCCAGCCUGCUGGUGCGGGCGGCGCGGCACCCGACGCUGGCCGCUGCUGCGGUGGAGGGCGGGGCAGUGGAGGCGCUGCUGCGGCUGGCGGGCUGCCUGCCGCCGCUGGUGGCGCAGAUGGCGCUGUUCGCCGCCUUCAAGCUGCUCAGGCAGCCGCUGCAGCCCGCCGGCACUACCAGCAGUACUGCAGCGGCAGCAGGGGCGCAGACACAGCAGCAUGCAGAGGUGGGGAGCGAGGGACGGCAGCAGCAGCUGGAGCAGCAGGAGCAGGAGGGGGCCUUGCAGGCCCGACGAGAGGCUGCGCUGCUGGCGGCUGCGGAGGCGGGCGGCAUGGGGG